UGGACUGAGUAAAUUGCAUUAAACUUAUAUAUGAUCCUUUAAACAAGAUAAUUCCAUAACGAAUCUCAUACGAAACUUCAUUUACACCCUCACCGGCACCCCUACACUUCAUCACUUUUGUUUCCACAUCCAUAUCACACCUGACGUUGUCUUGCAACAAAUUGUCCGAUCAACGUGUUUUUUGCUGUAAGUUAUGCUACAGUCUUCGAAAAAUCAUCGAAUUCUAUCUACAUUAUUGAUUCACUACAAGAACUUGUGUCAUUAAUGUAAAGAAUGUGCUUCUUUACAUUUAAUGCAAUUUGUUUUCUUAGAGUUUCAGAUCAUCUGAAAGCAAGAGCAAACACUAGCUUGGUAAUCGUAAGAUCAACAGUAUCUAUUUUCUGUGAAAGGAGCUAGACAGCGUCAUUAAGCGAUAGUUAAAAAAACUGCUUCGGUAGAUGACCAAGGGAAAAUUUAUUGUUCCUUUGCACUGUCAAAGAAAAGUUUCAUUUAAACAUUCAUUUGUUUCUUCUCUGAAGAUGAACUCGAUGCACUAAUAAAAGCAACUACCAUGGGCUGUAAUGCAUCAUCAACUACAACUAGUGCUACAAGCAAUGCUUACCGUGGUUCGAACAAACACGUGGAAUCAUUAUCACCGUCCCCUAAUUCAAAUCAGCAUCAACCGGACACAAAGCCCAUUCCAAAUGAUAGUUAUCGUCGUACUCGAGCCAAUAUCAAUGACGUCAUUCAAAACUUCUUUUUAGUUUGGCUCGAUAGUAAUGUCGACAGAUCAGGCAAGGAUUAUCAACAUUCUAUAAAACAUCUGCAGCGUACCGUGAAUACAAUUGAAACAUUUCAAGAUACAGAGGAAUGUGUGAACUAUCUAUCACAGUUUGAAAACGAAAAGGCAUUUCUUGUCAUUUCUGGUGCACUAUGUGAAGCAGUUGUACCACGUGUUCAUGAUUCUAUGCCGCAAAUCUAUUCAAUUUAUUUGUUUUGCCAAAAACGUGAAAAAUACGAAGAAUGGGCAAAACAUUGGUCAAAAGUAAAAGGCAUCUAUACAGAAAUUACACCACUUUGCGAUUCUGUUCGUGCAUCAGCACGUGAAUGUGACGAAGAUUCUGUACAAAUUACGAGUGCAUCAUCAUUAGAUCAAAUUGAACCUACAUUUAUGUAUACACAACUAUUAAAAGAAAUUAUACUUGAAAUAGACUUCGAUCAAAACAAAGAAAUUCACGAUCUGGUUGAGUAUGUUCGACCAAAAUACGCCGGCAACGAUGAACAAUUAGAAAUAAUCGAUGAAUUCACUCGAGAUUAUCAAGGAAAUAUUGAUGACAAGCCUGUAUGGUGGUACUCUACAAAUGGAAACAUUGCUCAAAAUGGCUUUCUUUAUACACGACCUUCAUCAAAACAUCGAGGAAUUGUAUUCAAACCAAUUAAAUAA